GGCGUGAUGGAGUUGGUGUCUAUGGUGACGGCCAGGUUCACCAGCAGCUACAAAACACAGCGACGUGAAUUACAAUGGAAACUUUCAACAAGAGACAGGACAAAACGGUAAAUUCACAGUAAUUUAUUUUUAUUGAUUUCACAAAAUGAUAGUAAAACAAAUCAGAAAAGAAGUUUUGCUGAAUCUAGAUGAACUUUUGUCAUAACAUGCCUUGUUGGGUGUUGGCUUAGUAAAAUAUUGGUGCAAGGGACUUCUAGAUUUCCUUUUAAGCCAACAAUGAGAUCCUUUAAUAAAAACAUAAGUUAAAAAUGUUGGUAAAGAAAGAAAAUAAAGAAAAACAGUUGUGUAUUAUUUGGAUAUCCCACCCACACCCAAACACACUUACUUGUUUAGCAUAAUUAUCUUAACCAGUGACUUAUUUGAGAGGGAAUGUUUCAUUGAUUCAUGAAAAAGAAAAAUCUACAUUAGUUUAUCUUGUUAUUGUAGCAUCACCUUCAAGUGAUAUUCUUUAUAUCAGCGUGGAUUGUGAGUCCCUACCCCUUCCUCUUAUUUGUUGACAAACUUAUACAAUAUACAUGACCGUAUUGAAGUAUUUCUUUUAAAUGUGAUUCAUUUAGUCUUUUACAACAUCUUGUGUUUUACAGCCCUCUGAAACUGAGACACCUUGGUAGUUAAUAGGAACUGUUUUUUAAUUGAUAUGCCCAUCAGCAGGAAGAAGAGCAGAGCUUGUUUCGCAGCUCUGCACCAGAAAAGGAGCUGAAUGGGGUUCCUACCCUUCAGGCACCAGGAGAGAAACAGUGCCAAAGAUCAGAGCUGCAGGCGAGCGUUAUUAUCCAGAGCAGAGCUGCAGAGCAGUAAGACUCACAGAUAAACUGUUAUUAAGACUUAGUGUCAGGGUCUGUCUGGGGCCUUUGAACAGCAGUUUUCAGUAAAUUUUAACCUUUGUAUUUGCUUAUUCAUUCAAACAAAUUCAACUAAAAGGAUGCUCAAACAGGUCUAAUUUUAAUGCAUGUGUGUGCAAAGUAGGGACAUGAGCUGUACAAAAUACCUCUGGGUUUGAUAAUAAUUUUGUUGGGAUGUUGAUUAGUAUGAUCCACAUUUGUUGACAUUUUUAUUUGAUGUUGUGUGACCACAGUUUUAUAAAAUUUUAUAUCUGCUUUCCAGAAUGGGACCAUAUUGAUACUUUGAGCAAACACAAUUAAGAUAUUUUCAACAUUGUCCUUUUUUUCUUAGAGUUCAAUAUCUGUGUAUUUCCCUGCAGUUACUGUAAUGGGGAAAAGGCACUGGAGAAUCUCCAGUAUGAGAGGGCUGUGAUUUGUUUUUCCAAAGCCAUCACACUGCAGCCAGAACAGGUACAAUAGUGACCUAUAUGAAUUGACCAUAUUAUGAUUGUGAACCCACAGUACAGCAAGGCCACUAUAUGAACUGCUUUUAUUUGGCUAAACAGAAAGAGCAGUGAUCUAGAUUAGAGCUGAUAUUUGUUUCUAAUGAGAUAAAUUCAUUUUAAGGAUUUGUUUUUUAAUAAAGCAGACUUAUGAGUGUCUUUGCAGAAUUAUUUAUCUGAACAAAUUCUUUCAAAAUAAAUGUACUGUAUCAGAUUCUGUCAUAAGAAUUAUUGAUAUUAAAUCUGUGUGAGAAUUUCUUUUUACAUUCCUCUGACAGUUAAGCAUGCCUCAGAGUUUAGGAAGGGAAGUUUUGAUGUAUGGCACUGUUGUUGAAUUCUCAAUUGGUUACAACCUAGAUUACAAUAAUCAUGUAUCAUUGUCUUUUAUGCUGUUGGGUUGUAGGGUAUUUAGCUUCUGCUUUUGCUGAUUUUUAUUCUCUUUUUUUGGCUCCUAAAUAACUUGGUUCAUUUAUUUUAAGAGGCCUUUGUUUGAUAUGGUGUUUCUGUCUUUUGUUCUGAUGUUUGGAGGUCUGGUUUGAAGCACUUCAAAUUGUCAUUUUGCUAAAACAUGCUGUAGAUACAAGCUUGCCUGGCCUAUUAUGCAAUUACCUGUAUACCUGAGGGAUUCAGCUACAAGUCUGCCCCCGUAGGUGUGGACAAACUGCUCUGUAUACUCAGGAUGAUCCCCUCUGCUGUUGGGUUUCAGACUCAGAUGCAUGUGAGUCAGGCGGAGGCGUACCUGCAGCUGUGUGACUUCCAGUCAGCAGCAGCGUCUUAUAAACGAGCCUGCCGUCUAAAGCCGGAGCUCUUCAGGGACCACUUGGCCUUUAUCUAUUAUCUCCAGGUUAGAUUGAGAUCCACAGGUGAGUUUGUACUGAAAUUUUAAAAAAAGAUAUACAGACAGGAGAAGUGGAGGGAUGACCAAUGGGUAAGAAUAUGUAUGGCUUUUGAUAGGUACAGAUCAAUAAUGUGUCCAGUUUACAGAAAAUAUUAAUAUUAGACAACAGUCAGGCUUAUUCUGCUGUGCAUUGAUUAUGACAGAAAUCUUGAGAAGCAAUGCAAAAUAUAGUAUUCUGUUGAUUCAUGAAGUCUGACAGCCAUCACAAAGAUUACAAAUAAAUGUCUUUGAAUUGAAUAAUUUCAUAAUUUCAUCCUGAUAAGUCUUUUUUUUUGUCCUCUAAGGGUCAGUGCUUGUUUGAUCGAGGCCUUUUCUUUGAGGCUCUGGAGUCUUUCAGCAAAGCUGCAGAGGUGAAGCCCGGCUGCAAGGCCUAUGAGGUCAGAAGGUAAGGAACAUAUGCACCCUACUUUCAGGUUAACAGGCACAUCUUUUAAAAAGAUAAAGCAUAGUUUUGAUUGGUUGAGAUAUAAUGCCAUGUAUAUUCGAGAUAUAUAUUUUGAGGGAAUUAUUUUGCUAGAAAAUUUGUACACCAAAUACUAAAACCUUUAAAGGGAAAUUGUAUGUAUUUUCCAACCUAGACCAACUUUUUCCACAUAUUUCUUAACAAUCCAUGAUGGUUGCAAUGAAAUCUGACAGGGUCUGAAAGAGUGCAUCCUCCUAUAAGCUUGUUAGAAAAUAUAAGUUAUAUUUUUACUCUAUGUACCUUUAACAACUUGUUACCAGGAAUCAAGUUUAAAAACGGGGUCAUAUUUCCAAAAUUAAAAACUAUCAGCCAUCGUACCUUACUGACAGCAGUGGGAUCUCCUUUUAUUUUUAUUUCAGUGUUCAUGAGUGUGUUUUGUUGUGUGUUUCCUAGUCUGGCCUGUCUGUCAGCUGCAGGGCACCAUGCUGACUGUCUGAAGCUGGUGAGUGACUGGAUGGUGUCAGACGGUCCCACCUCAGACCUUUAUGUUCUUAGAGCCCGGCUGUACAAACUGAUGAACCAGGUAAGAACUGCAGGGAUCUCUUACUUGAAAAAAAUAGCACCACUCACAGAGGGGUAAAUCUCAGGCUCUGCAUGUGGAUGCAGUGAAGGGUCAAGCAGUUUCAUAGAACAGAUCUGAGAUCCAUGUGACAUCUAUAAGCAAGAUGACAUACAGCAAAAGUAACAAAGACUUCAAUCAGUCAGGUUAGGAAAAAAGGAAAUAGAAAUAAAACAUUUACAAAUAAAACGCCUUGGCAGUGUAAACACUAUCUACAAAGAUUAAAUUAUAAUCAGGAGUAGAAACAGAAUAACAGUGUUGUAAAAUAUUGGAGGAAAGAGAUGUGUGAGCAAUGAAUAAAAAAACUUUAAACGUACGAUCAACUGCUUAAGAUUGAACAGCUGCUGUUUUCUUCUGUUCAGACAUCUUGGUGCUACAGGGACGUGAAGUCAGCUUUGGUGUUGAACCCAACAUGUCUGCAGGCCAGAGCUCUGCUACAGCAGUUGAGGGAGGCCAGCGAACGGUCCAGACAGAAGGCUGUGGAAAGAUCUGUAUGUGGACAGCUGCCUGAAGCCCUCUGCAUGAUCAACAUCGCUCUGGAGAGCUGUCCUCAGGAUCCACAUCUCUACCUGUUCAGGUGAAUCCAAAUUAAGUGAUUAACAAGGUAUGAGGAAGUGAAAGGCAAAAGGGACAAACCGCCUUUCUUUCUUUCUUUCUUUCUUACUAUCUGGAUGUCUCUUUUUCUUUUUGUUCUUAGUAUUUUUUCUUUUUAUUGAAUUUUUGUUCUCUCUGCUUUCCUUUCUUUUCGCUGUUCUUUUAACAAAUGUCCAUGCACAAAGAUCUAAGAGCCUGUGCUCUAUUUGAACUUGUAGAAAUGGUAAUUUGACAAUAACCCAAGAAUAAGGUUGUUUGAUUAACUAACAAAGAACUCCUGAAAGUCGAAACGUAAUGUCAUUCUGUUACAUUACUUUUUUGCAUCUUGCCAAGUAUCAGUUGUGUUUCAUUCACUGGAAUAGAGGGAUCCUGUAUAGACGUCUGAAAGACUUCACAGCUGCCAUCGAGGAUCUGGUCCAGGCUGUGGAGCUGAGCGAGAAGGAGGAGGGGGAGGACCAAGAGAGGGAGGUCAGAGAUCAGGAGGAAGCCAGAGACAAGAGGGAGAAGCAGAUCUCACUGCAGAAGGAUGUGCAGUUUCAGCUGGUGCUCACAUACAACGACUUUGCUAUUCAGUGCUUCAGCAGAGGUCUUUAUGCCGAAGCAACACUGCUGCUCAACAAAGCCAUCGAGGAGGAGAAGGGCCAGGCUGGUCUGUACCUGAACAGAGGAGGUGUGUGUGUGUGCGUGCGUGCGUGCGUGCGUGCGUGCGUGUGUGUGUGUGUGUGUGAUUUCAUGAGCACAUAGAGAAACUCUGUGUGUGGACAUUGAAAUGUAACUCAGAGUUUGAGGUUCACAAAGAGAGAAAUAAGCUGGAAAUGCAACAGUGGAGCCUGUCAACACUAGUGCUGCUGUAAGCUGGUCAAAUGUAACUGAACUCAGAAUCUAUGUGGUUGAUAUCUGUGUGUGUGUGUGUGUGUGUGUGUGUGUGUGUGUGUGUGUGUGUGUGUGUGUGUGUGUGUGUGUGUGUGUGUGUGUGUGUGUGUGUGUGUGUGUGUCAGACUGUUUCUUUAAGCAGGCUGAGUGGUGUUUUGCUCUGGCUGACUACCAGCAGGCUGAGGAGAUGAUGCAGCCUGAUGACCCAGCUAUUCGGCUCCGCCUCGCUGUCAUCCACAAUACUCUUGGCUCCUUGUGCGUUGAGGAAGGGUCAGAACCACACAGGCAGCGUAAACACAUAAAAACACCAACCCCUCACUCAGAAACACCUGCUUGAAUGUGAGUGCAUUUGGGUGUCUGCUUCUGUAGGCGUUUCCGGGAGGCAGCCGACCUGUUCUCUUUGGCCAUCUGUUAUAACCCAGCAGCUGGUCGGUACUACGAGAACAGAUCGAAGGCAUUCAGAAAAGUUCUGAACUAUGAGGGAGCCAGAAAGGAUGUGAUCUGUCUGCUGGUCCUGGAUCCCACCAAUGAGGAGGUCAGAGCUUUAUAUCUGCCUCCAGAUUAUAACACAGACCAGAAACCAUCAUAUACUACAUACAAUUAUAGAUUUGGAUUUGAGGUUUUCCCAUGACUCAACUGUAAAUGGGUGAGAAGAUGAGGAUCAGAAGACAAAUGUGACAUUUAUGAAGGAAGAGGGGCUUUACACAUCUUUGUCAGAGUACAGGUGCAGAGGAGUGAAAUAAAACUCACAAAACCACAAAUUCAUGUACCCCCCCCACUAUGAUGGCGGUUGUUUGUAGGCUUGCAGCUACAUAGUUUUUGAGUGGUUAUGCCCUCUCUCACAAAACUGUUUGCCUGGUGAAGCUUAUGGACCAAUAUGUUGCGAAAUAAUGUCAUUUUUGCGAGUUAGAAAGUGUGAUUCUUCUUUGUUUAGAUAUGGAUUUUUGAUUAAAUGAUGUGUUUUGGUCUUUUUUGUUAAGCUGCCUCCAAUGCUGAUGAAUCUGUUCCCCGGCUGCAGUGAGUCUGAUCUUUUGUCAAGUCCAGCAACACAGGCGGUCAAAGCUCAGCUGAUCGAAAGUAUUCAGGCCUGCAGCUCCACCUCUGAUCAACAGAGGUCAGUAAUACAAAAGCUCUUAAUGGACUAAAGACCAGCAGGAAAAUACUGUAUGUUUCAAGUUAAGGAGACAUGAGGCUUCAAUACCUGGGAAUUAUUCCAGUACCACCAGUGAUGACACUCAUAAAUGAUACUCCUAUUUACUGUAUAUGUCUCCACAAGCUGUCUGCAGAUUUGCAGUCUCUUAGGAAACUCACAGCAGUCACUCAUACUCUCUAAAUGUGCAACAUCCCAACAUUGAAAUCAGUGCAUCUAACAGUGAUGCAUCUAUAUUUUCUGUUUCUACUCUUCUGUUUUUCUACAUUCAACCAGCCGGAUACUCAGCUAAGUAUAUCCUGUGUUGUGUCGUGUCCUGUUGUGUUUGUAGAUUGAGUGAGGAUCUCCAAAAGCUGACUCUGACUGCUGGGAACCCUGGGAAGCAAUCAGAGGAGCCACCAGGAGCAGAGGAGCUGAAGUUGUGUUUAAAUAAACAGGAGAUGACGAUUUUUGAGAAGAGCCUUCUGCAGGUACCCUGGUGAUACUUUCAUGGUCACAGCAGAGGGGCCAACAUGGUUUAGAAUUAGAGGGGGAAGUUUUCUCUUUUUUAUUGGAAAAACAACAAAGACCUUCAGGAAAAUUUCCUACACAGAAAGAGGACUGAACAAAGAUCCCAGGUAUCUUAUAAUCGUCAGAAACUAUUCGCACAUCUAUCUAGGAAAAAUACCAUCACAGGGUGCCAACGUCAAGAUUAAAUGCAACUUUGUGUGUUAAAAAUCAGCAUGAAGCAACAAUGAAAAAUGUGAACUGGACACAGACGGCUUCUGAAAUCUCAGUGUAAGCAGCCUUCAAAAACUCCUCCUCUGAUUGGCACUCCCAGACUUCAGUUUUCAAUCUGCUGAUUAUCUAAGUAGCAGAAACACUGACACAAAAACACAGAGAUGAAGUCUUGAAACCGGUUUCAUAGCAAGUCUGAGGCUGUUAAAAUACUUGGCAGAGUGACAUUUCUGAACUGCUGCUUUGUUUUCUCUGUCCAGGCAACAGGAGAGGUUUCAGACAACUCUCCAUAACUUUACAUCUGUGCGGCACACUGGUCUGCAUUUAACCUCCAACCCCCCAGCACUUUUGACCUCCUCCGACAGAGGAGGUCAAAACAACUGCAAGAGAUCUGGAGUUUCCUGAAAUGUGAGUCCGCAGCUCAGGAGUGAUAGCUGAAUCAUAAGAAGAGUUUUUUGGGUUUUUUUUGCCUUAUACAGCAGACCUCAACCCAUUGGACUUUUGAUCAUUUUCACUGAAGCUUUUAGACUUGGAUAAAAAUCUGCGACAUCUGUCUGUAAAUGUAUGAUUUGUAACAGAAAAAAUGUACUCUUUAUGUGCACAAACCAUGAAAAUAAACAAGAAAGACAAGAGCACACACCACCUGCAUGAUCUAGGAUUACUCAGCACAUAUAGGACUUCGCCAAAGUAUGUAGGAACACUACAGGCCAAAAGUUUGGAAGCAAGACCAAAACAGGCCAAGUAUUUGGAAACUAUUUCAAGUUUCUGUUCACAAUGCCAUUCAUAUAAAAAAGGAUAAGUUAAAUGUAUUUUGGGAUGUAUUUAUUGCAUGACUAGACUUUGCUUUCAUUGAUAUGCACCAUUUUCCUCAAUUUACCUUUAGGUAUACAUUGAUGUUACUAGACCAUUGCUGAAUAAAUGUCAACAAAAGAAAGGGAGGGCUUAGUUUUAGGUUCAAGAAGAUUAGCAAGAGUCACAAAUUCAGUGUAAAAGUAAAAAAAAAAUAAAUAAAUAA